AUGAUGAUAAUGAUGACUAACAAAAAUUUUGAUAAUUUCCAGGGUGCCUUAGGCAGGAAUAUAUUUAGUAAUCAUAGAACAUCAGUAGAUGAUGAUGACAUUCGAGUGGCGAAUGACAGAAAUGAACAACAUAAGCUAGCAGAUGAUAAAGGGUCUGAGCGGUUGGGACUUUUAAUAUUGGAUUACAACGAUGACGUACAAACUAGAAGAAGGAUGAAUGUUAACGACAGCAGCAGACGCGCUGGGAAGAAAAAGAAAAAAGGACGUACUGAUAAGAAACAUAUAGCAAGGCAAGUUGAAAGUGAUACACAAGAGGAAGAAGAAGUAGUUAAAAAUGAAGAAAAAUCACUUAGAGUUCCUGAUUCAGAGGAAAGAGGGGAAGAGGAAGAAGUUGAAAAGAAAGUUAAGCCACUUAGAGUUCCUGAUUCGGAUAAAAGAACGAAUGAAGAAGUAGUCGAAGAGAAAGUUGAGCCACUUGAUUCGGAGGAAAGAGAGAAUGAAGAAGUAGUUGAAAAGGAAGUUAAGCCACUUGAUCCGGAGGAAAGAGAAAAUGAAGAAGGAGUCGAAAAGAAAGUUAAGCGACUUAAUACGGAGGAAAGAGAGAAUGAAGAAGUAGUCGAAAAGAAAGUUAAGCCACUUAAUUCGGAGGAAAGAGAGGAAGAAGAAGUAGUUGAAAAGAAAGUGAAGCCUCUUAGAGUUCCUGAUUCGGAGGAAAGAGAUGAUGACGGUGAUAUGAAAAGUGUAGCUACACAAUGCAUUGCGGAUGUGGAAAAGAAAAAAGUCGAAUGCACCAAGGCUUGCUUUUGGACGUAUGAGGAUGUCUGCGAAAGACUCAGCUGCUCCAUGAGACACAACCAUUUAACAAGACGGAGUUUUGACAUAGGUGGUAACUUAAAAGAAUCUGACCUUGAAGAUGACGAUGAAAAGAAAGAAAAUGAAGAAGGUACUGAACCCCGAGCUCACGGCAAGAAGAACAAGAAAAAACACCACGACAAAAAGAGAAUUGAUGUUAAAAAAAAUAAUUUACGGAUGCGAGGAGAGGAAACCGUUGAAAACACUCAAGUACCUAAUGCCGAGUGUUUGUUAGAAACUCAACAGGACGUCGAAAAAUGCAUAAUAUCCUGCAGAAGAGUUCAAGAAGAUGUCUGUGGCCAGCUCAACUGUUCUACCAGAUCUCAAAAGGCACUCCGUAAAGAAUGUAGCUAUAAUUGUAGAAAAAUCUUCGACGUUAAUAUUUGUUAUUGA